AUGCCGACGGCGAUGGAGCAGCAUGCGACUUCGUUGCGAACUAGAAGGCAUUCGCUCGAUGAGGAUCCGUCGUUUCCGAUGUAUGCACUCCCUGUGGGAAUUUUUCUGGGCUUGACCGCGCUGAGGGAUCACGAUGAUUUGCUACGCAGCGGUGCCCUUAUCGAGUUCAAGUAUCACUUGGGCAACGCCUUUUUUGUGUCUCACCAGUGGACCUCUGUGGAGCAUCCUGACCCUACCUUUGAGCAAGCACGUGUACUGCAGGAGGCGAUUCGCAACCUGCUGUCCGGAAGGAGCAAGGCCUCCCUGCAACCAAACACGGAAUUGAUUUGUGGGCGAGGAGCCCAGAAGCACGUGUCCCCGGAGGCAUUGAACAGAAAACCCCUCUACCUUUGGUACGACUUCUUCUGCUGUCCACAAUCCAAGGGGGACGCCAGGCUCCGGGAUGCCAUUGACAGCAUUCCUGCCUACAUCGUGCGCUGCCAGUUCUUUUUCAUUCUUUGCCCAGUUCUCGAACAUGCGGAGGACAAAGAAAUCCUGCGAAUGUCGACAUGGCAGACACGAGGUUGGUGUUUGGCUGAAGCCACUGUGUGGGAGCUCGCGAGCGACAUAAAGUUCAUGCUCAGGAUUGAGAGCGCGCAUCAUCAAACCCUGACAGCACAGCUCGCCAUGUUGUUGUCUCCACCCGGGCUUGGAGACUUCAGCAUCGAAAGCGAUCGUGCCCGGAUCGGGGAGGUCCUCCAAGACAUCAUACGGAAGAAACUAGUGUCCUGCUUGCAGAGAAAGGACUGGCAUGGCUACAGGUAUUUGCUAAACCAACAGACGGCUCGACUCCGUGGUCUCCCAGUAGAAGCCGUUCCAGGUUUGCUUCCUCCUUUGGAUGAAGGGAAACGUGCAUCAACGACCGAGAGCGAGAGCCUUGUUGCAAAUUUCUUGCAUCAGAAUGGCUUUUGUCAUCUUCACGACCGGGACUCCGCCGGAUGGUCGCCCAUGUGCUAUGCGGCAGUAGGUGGAAACGCAACACUCAUUCAAGCGCUCUUGGAACAAAGGGCAAGUGCCAAUGACAGCAUCAAGAAAAUGAAGCUUGAUGCACAGUUGCCAAGGGGGAUGCAUGUGCUUCAGAUGUGUGCAGUGAUCGGCCAUAACGCUGCCAUGCAAGUGCUGAUAGCAGCUAGGGCAGAUGUGCAUGCAAAGUCGGCGCAAGCGUCAACCACCAGCCUCACCGCAGCAUCCGUCGCAGACAACGUGGUGGGCAUUCGUAUUCUGUGCGAUGCUGGCGCCAGGGUCUUGGACAAGGAUGGUCUUGGUUUGGAUGCUUUGCGGACUGCAGCCACUGCGGGUAGAGUCAAUGCGGCGCGAGAGAUUCUGGCCCGAAGUCCUUCGCCAGACUGCGGAUGGGCCUUGCACCUGUCCAUGAUGUUUGGGCAAGGCUCGGCGGAAUUCGUGUCCUUGUUGGUGGAUGCCAAGGCGGACGUGAACGAACAAAUGGCCCCGAGCUGCACUAGCAUGGUUGGCCUCCUCUUCAGGGUGGCAGGCUGGCGACAUCGUUUGGGACAUUCCAGAUUGAGCACCCUUGGCUUUCACCAUGUUGGUGCAACUCCGCUCAUGAUUGGAAUCAUUUGUGCCAGCUUCGAUGCCUGUGCCGCUUUGGUUGAAGCUGGGGCACACCUGGACUUGAAGAACUCGCGAGGAAAGACAGCCGGAGACUUGGCAGCCGAGAUGAGUGCUCCGGACUUCCUGAUGAGCGUCUUCGAGGGCAGGGUGGAGCCAUGUGUGUCGAUUGCCUCAGCCUGCAGCAACAAGUCCUUCUUCUCCAUUUGA